ACGACUUUCUUCUCUUUGUCGCUAUGGUGUGAAGUUAUGGAUAUCACUCGAGCAUUCUGACUGUCGAAUACUUCAUUUGACUCUUAAAUUAUAAAAAUUCUGAUUCGUGACGUCACGUAUUGGCCUAUAUUGAUGAAAUUCAAAAAGCUGCAAGGGGAUUAUUAGCCAAGACUCUAGUGCUGGCUAGGAAACCUGUACAAUACGACAACUUAACGAUAGCAAUUAAACAUCUGGGACAGAGGGGUGUGCUUGCGCAUGUAUCUAACCCCUCCCUUUGGCCAAAAAUAAUUUUAACUUAGGCGUUUUACUCAUUAAUUUUGUUUAUUUAAAAAAAAGGUGUGACUGUAGCCAAAGUUAUUAUAUAAAAAAGCAGAACCUGUAGACACCUUUGAGAAACAGGAAACAAGGGAUAUAGCGGGAUAUAUCGUGGGAUUUGAUCAUAAUGGAGGGAAUGAGAACAUCAGUUUUGUCAGUGCUAUUUUUCAUCGUUACAACAUCAUCAGUUGAGAUUAAAACACAGCAUUUACGGGAAAAACAUUUGGUUGAUCAAUUGGACAGAGUGCGCGAGAAAUUGGGAGAUUUAGCACACACAGUAGAUUCACUCAGGGCUUUUACGCAAAGAGAAGCGUGUGCCCUUAGUCUCAAUGUAGAUAUAUGUGCUGAAAAAUACAUAGAACAAACAGCAGAUCACCAAAACAACUUACAAGGCCUAGUAGAGGGGAAUCCUGGGAAACGGCGCCAAACACGAAGUGCUGACAGUCCACUAAAUAUAUUUGUUGAAGAUCUAUUAAGAAAGAACGAAGCUCUCCAAUCUAUCCAAGAGAUUAUAAAUAAAGUUUCUAAAACAGUUCAUCAAGAAAAAAAGAGAAGCUGUACCUUGAACCUGGCCUACCACUGUCAAACGUCAGAGUACGCUGGAUUAACAGAUCUUUAUAACUAUCUUAACAGUAACGCAAGUCCAGGGAAGAGGAGAUAACUUUGCAUUGUAAUUGUCAUUUGACAAAAUAAACAUUUAGCAAAUGCAUUUUUUGUACGUGUUUGAGCUCAAACACAACUGCAGUGUUUGAAUAGCACUACUUCCGUAAUGUCUUAGGUUACUCUGUGAACGAAAUUGAAAAGUAU